AUGGCGAAUCUAAAGAGGUAUUGGUGUGGCUGGCCUCUAGAGCCUUUCUCUGAUAAGCCACUGAAGAGACAGCAGGAGGUAUUUUCUUCCGUUCUAUGCGUCCCUCUCCUCUUUCUGCUCAUGGGACAAGGAGCCUCUGAGAAGGAAACAUCCUCAAUAGUGAUAUCAGGGGUGCUAGGGGGUUCUGUGACUUUCCCCCUAAACAUCUCAGGGGAUGCAGAGAUUGAGAAUGUUGCCUGGAAUUAUCCCCCAAAGUCUCUGGCUAUAGCAUUCUCCCCCAAACAUGUAUAUAUUGUGGACAAAGACUACAGUGGCCGACUCAACAUCAGCAACACCUACUCCAUGCACAUCAGUAACCUAACCAAGAAUGACUCAGGAUCCUACCAGGCUCAGAUAAACCAAAAGAAUUCUGGCCUCACCAGAGUGGAAAAGUUCAUCCUCCGCAUUUAUGAGCAGCUACAAGAGCCUCAAGUCACCAUGACAUCUGUGACCACAUCUGAGAAUGGUUCCUGCACCGUCACCCUGAUCUGCACUGUGAAUGGGGAAAAGGACGGUAUCCAAUAUAGCUGGACCCAAAAGGACACCGAUUUUAAUAAAUCCCAUAGGGACCCUAUCCUCACCGUUUCCCAGAGUAUCUGUGACCCAGACCUACCAUAUACCUGCACAGCCCGGAACCCAGUCAGCCAGAACAGCUCCCAACCUGUCCAUGUCUGGCAGUUUUGUACAGGCGCCUCCAGAGGAAAAACAGUGGGGGAGACAGUGGUAGGGAUCCUGGGAGAGCCCAUGACCCUGUCCUUGGCGUUUCUGGACAGUCGGGACAUGAAGAACGCUGUCUGGGUGUUUAACAAGUCAAUUAUCAGCCAAGAAUGGGAAGGAGCAGAAACACCAGAUCCUCACAGUAAGCCCAAUGGUCCUAAAGAAAGGAGGGUGUGGGUCUCUGGCCAGGACCACUCCCUGAAGAUCAGCCAGCUGGAGAUGGAGGAUGCCGGAGCCUACCAUGCCUAUGUGUGCUCAGAGGCCUCCAGAGAGGCCAUUGUGAGACACUUCACUCUGCUCAUCUAGCAGAGACUGAAGAAGCCCAGUGUCAACCAGAGCCAUGUGCACAGGAAGGACGGCAUCUGCAAGGUACAGUUAACCUGCUCAGUGGAAGAUGGUGGAAACAAUGUGACAUACACAUGGACACCCCUGCCAAAGGAAGCUGUUAUGUCCCAAGCGGAGUCACGCCUCAACGUCUCCUGGAAAUGUGGUGAAAGGCCGCCCAGCUUCACAUGCACCGCCCAUAACCCUGUCAGCAACAUCUCCAGCCAGUUUUCUUUGGGGGCCAUCUCUUCAGGCUUUGAGAGAAACCUGAAGUUUUGGAUCUGGCUUAUGGUGCUCAUCCUUUGGUUCCUGUGGAUGCUGGUUGGGUGGUCCAUUUUGAAGCAAAAGAAACAGUGUUCAUCUUUGGCCAUCAGGUGCAGCCAAGCCGAGACCCCAGCUGAAAUAUCAGAAACCCCAGCUGGCCACAUGAGAUUUUCUGUGCUCUCUCAACGAUAUGAGAAACUAGACAUGCCUGCUGAGACUACGAGGCCUAAGCCCACCACGGACACCAGCUCUGACAGCAAUGCAACAAUAGAAGAUGAUGAAGAGGGUGAGGGAAAGACCAGAAUGCACAGCAGUGUUGAUGGAAGAAGUGAGGUGUAUGACAUGGACACUCAGGGGCACACUGCACGUGACUUGGCCUCUGAGAGGCAAACAGAGCAUGAAAUGGUCACGCCAGAUGACACAGUGGUAAAGUCUGAGGUUGAAGAGGACAUUACAUACCUACAAGUGUACCUUAAUGUGCAGGGAAAGAUCCCAGUUCCUCAGAAGAAAGAAAACUCGAACACAAUCUACUGCUCGGUACAGAAACCUAACAAGAUGGUGCCAACUCUUCAGCAAGAUGCUGAGCCUCCUGAACACUCUUUCUAUGAAAAUUUCACCUGA